AAAUCAAGAAGAAAAAAUUGAGGGCAUUUUCGUUGACCGCAGUCCAAGAGAAGUGUUAUUAAAACAUGGCCUCGAUAGUGAUGAUAUUGAAUCCAUCCCGCUAUUCAUCCUUCCAACCUACGAGAUUCAAGACAAUGAUAAGCAUUUUGCGCAUUGUAUGGCUGAGAUCUUAGUCCGGCUGAGAGAUUAUGGGUCAUUACUCGUUGAGUUUAGUAUGAGACCGCAAUAUGAAAUUACGAGAGAAAAAGUACAGGCCGAGCAAUUAAGCUCAUUCGAGAUGAACAAGAAAAAACGAAAAGCGAGUGAGGCAUUUGAUGAUGAUAACUUCGAUUACUUAUAUGGUAUUGUCACAACAGGCAGUAAGUUGCCGUAUACCAUCGAAUUCACCGAAGAUGCUUUGAAAGAGGAUUCCGAAGGUACUCGCAUUGAAUUUUUUGAAACAAUACCAGGCUUUCUCAAUGAGGAAGUCGGCAUCCCGACACUAAGUAAUUGCCACAAAUGUAACGGGCAAAUUUUUUCGGUUCUACUUCGAGCAUUCACGGUACUCUCCUGUGGCCAUAUACUUUAUCGAACUUGUAUUCAGGAAAUUAUCAUGGGAACCGAAGCAAAAUGUCCGGUUUGUAAACUACGCAUCGAAAUUAUCAAGGAGGAAGACAGCAGUGAAGUCUAUCAACGAACGCACUCAAAUACUAUAAUAAUACCAGACGAUCAGAGUCCACCGCCGACUGCACUCAUACAAAGUGAAUCUGACGAAGCCGAUGAGAAUGAGAUACCUAAUGGAUCAUUAUCCCAAAGUUUGGCCUGGCUAUACCAAAAAGUGAUCAAAGCGGAAAAACGCGUGACUUAUGUAUAUCAAGGAGAAAUUUGGUAUUGGUAUUACUAUGCGGAAGGGUUUGAAAAACGGGUUAAAAAGAAAUUAUGA